AUGAAACAAUCGUUACUAUUUAUUUCAAUCUUAAUUAUCUCUAUAUGUGCACGAUUAGGCUAUUCCGAUGAUCUUAAUCUUCGAAAUCUAUUUUCAAAAGCAGCAAAAACUUCACAAGAUCAAAAUAUUUUAACACAACUUGAACAAAGUUUACCAAAAUUUCUCGAUUUAGAUAGCUAUUCUGAUGAUCUUAAUCUUCGAAAUCUAUUUUCAAAAGCAGCAAAAACUUCACAAGAUCAAAAUAUUUUAACACAACUUGAACAAAGUUUACCAAAAUUUCUCGAUUUAGAUAUACCUUCAAGUGAAAAUGUCGACAAAGUUUUUUCGAAAUUUAAAGAAGCAGUUCGAUUACUUCCAGCAAAUAUUCAACGCGAAACACCGCUUGAUGCAAAUACUGCACGAGAUAUAUUUCCUGGAAUACAACCAAUUUACCGUUAUGUCAAGGAAUCAGUAUGGAAAUCAAUAUUGAAAUUAAUUGAUUUACCAAGGGAAUUACUUCAAAUUCCAGCUCAAAAUUUAGCUGAUACAAAUUUAAAUAAUCUUCUAUUAUAUUCUGAUGAUGACACAGUUUCGAAAGUACUUGAAUAUAAUUCAAAUCGACAAGAUUUUAGUGAUGAACAAAAAACAAUUCUUGUUCAAAAUUAUAUCAAUAGGAUAAAAUCUAAACUUAAUCCAUCGAAUUUUCAACAAUUAAUAACAGUGAAAUUAGGUGCAUCAUUUCUUCGUUAUCUUCCGAUAGAUUUUCUUGCGAAAGAUCCAAUAUUUAAUGAUAAUAGUGUCAUUCGAAAUAUUGCAACAUGGCUUCAUUUUCUUGAUCCAAUACGACGUGAUGCUAUUUCAAAUAAAAUCUAUCGAGCAUUAACAGAUACCACAGGUAAAAUUGUACAAAGUGAUGCUCCACAACGUUUAACAAAUGAUGAUACAAGUUCUUUAAAUAUGAUUGUACGUACAAUGCCAAGUCUAUCAACAAGACAAAUUAUUAAUGCUGUUGGAGAUAAAAUUGUUCCAUUACUUGACCAAUCAAGUAUUCGAGAUGAUCAAUCAUGUACAACUGCACUUGCAUUACUUAAUCGAACUAUUGAAUCAAAAAGAACAAGUAAUCGUUAUUUUCGACCAACUAUACAAUUGGUUCAGCAUUGGCAAGAAUGUUAUAGUGGUUGUGAUCUAAGUGAUUUAUUUACUAAUCGCGAAGAUUUAAAAGAAUUAUUAAAAAGUCAUCCAAGUCCAGAAAGCUGUGACAACUUAGUUAGUGAAGUUAAAAAAGAAUAUGGUCUUGAACGUGAUAUUUCAGCAAAUAAAUUACGUGAAGUAUCAGAUGCAUUUGGUUCAAUUUAUCGAGCUGAUGAAAUAAAUAAUUUAAGUGAUGAACUUAUGGCUGAAUUAGGUCGAGAUGAAAAAACUUUAGAAAAACUUGGUUCACAAGAUUUAACACCCAAUGAAGCUAGAUCAAUUAUAAAUAAAAUUCCUCGAUCAACACAAAAUCUUUGGGGAAAAAAUAUGCUUGGAAAAUUAGGUAAUUUAAUUCCGGGACUUGACGAUAUAAUUCUCAAACAAAUUUUAACACGUGGUCGUGGUGAUUUACCAUCAUUAUUUAAUAGUACCUCGCCAUCAUUUAUUCGAAAACUUGUACCAAGUAAAAUUCGUCUACUUAUUGAUCAAUAUGCAACUGAACCAAAUCUUGCUAAAUAUCGUCAAUUAUUAGCAUCUGAUCAUGCAAAAAAAUAUAUUAAAUCAGAAACAUUAAUGAAGAUUUUUCAAUUAGCACCAGAUGUUCUUCGUCUAAUUCGUUUUACACCUGCUCAAGCUUCAGCUGCUAUAGCAAAUCGUUUAGGUUCAGAAAGAAAUUUUGAUGGUAAUCUUAGUAGUUUAGGAACGAUUAAUAAUUUUUUAAAUGGUUUAACAAAAACUGAUAUUGAAAAAGUUAAAUCUGAAGAAUCAUUACAAGCUGUACAACAAGCAUUUGGUGGUUCGAAAAAUAAAAAUAUUGAUAAUGAAAUGCAAUCAAAUACACGAUAUGCAUUUGGAAAUUUAUUACGUCGUGGUCUUCAAACAAGUGAAGCAACACAAAAACCAGAUGAUUAUAUUAAAGGUCUUUUCCGUGAAGAUAAUCUUGUUGAUGAUCUCAAUCCUCAAUUAUUUACAACAAUGACAAAUGCUGAACUCGAUGCUAUCAAUCAUUUAAAUAAAGAUCAAGCUGAUCGAUUUUGGAAUGCUGUUGGUUCAAUACGUGAACCAGUUUGCUGUUCAUUUGUCAACGAAAACCGUUUUCGUUUAGCUGAUUAUGCUUUAAAAUAUUAUAGUUCAGCAACAGGUGAUAUUGAUAAUUUUAAAUUAUCACAAUUAGGACCAUUUUUAACAUCAAGUUUACGUGCAAGUGAUAUUCGUCGUAUAACAACCGAUGCAUUAAUAAAUAAAAUAAACUUUUUUAAAUCAAAUUGUUUUCAACCAGCUAAAGGUGAAGCACAAGCAGUUGGCGCUAGACUUAAUGAUGCAAUCGGUGAAGUUGAUGAUAAUGUUAAAGCAUUAUAUCUCGAUCUUAUUGGAGAAUUAGCUGCUUAUUUACCAAUGAAUAUAGCUGCUUCGAAAAAAAUUUUAUCUUCACGAACAAAUUAUCUUUCAAAAUCAAUAGAUAAACUUCAGAAUCGUGAUGAAAAAUGUAAAAUACAAGAUACAGAUGAAUUUCUUAGUAAAUCAAUUUAUGGUAUAAAACAAACAUUAGCAAAUGCAUUUAUUGAUCGACGUUUAUCUUUGGAUAAUUCACGCCAACGUCGUCAAAUAAAUCAAAGACGAAAUAAUUUAACUUGUGAAUAUUUACGACAAAUGGGUUCGAGUAUUUCUGCACUUUCAUCUGAGCAGAUCUCAUCGAUUUCUGAUAUUGUAUUAUUUCAAUGUAUUGGUGCAUUUGGUGCAGUAAAUGAUCAUAAUUCAAAUACAAUUAAACAAAUAGCUCAAAAAUAUAUCCAAGCAUUACAAAGCCAAGGUCGACAUAUUAAUUCUUUGAGUCAAUCAGAAUUAUAUGAAUUGAAUUCAGUUUUAACUGGUUUUAAUCCAAGUGAAUUACUUCAAUUACGAAAUGAAUAUUUUCGUGAUGGAAAUUUUCUUUCAUUUAUUGGUAAUUUAGAUAAUUUGACAACUGCACAACUUAAAUCUCUAGCAAAACUUGCACUUAGUUUUGAACAACGUUUAACACCCACACUUCUUGGUAAUGCUGGAAAAAUUCUAUGUGUUAUUGAUGAACAACUUCUUCGUCGUAUACCACAAGAAGAAGUCAAAUCUUAUUUAGCUAUUUUGGCUAAUAUUGAAUGUCCGAAUGAACCAAAUCUGAAUUAUUCUUCAACAAUGUUUGAUAUCGUUAAAAAUAUAUAUCAAAAAGAUAUAGUUCGACCACAUAUUUUUGGUUCAUUAGGUACCAUUGCUGCUGGUAUAAAAUCUACUGAUCUUAGUUCCUUAUCACCUGAAUUAUUUAAUUUUUUUCCACAACAAGCAUUAUCACGUUUACCAAAAGAUGUAUUUCAAUCAUCUACUAUUGAUCAAUUACAAAAUUUAAAUAUUGAACAAAUAAAAACGAUUCCAAAUAAUUUACUUAACUCAUUAAAUGGAAAACAAAUGACAAUAAUUAAUCAAAUUCUCUUUCCAUUUAAAACAUCAGAAGAACUUAUUAAAAUAAGUCAUAAACCCAAUAAUGAUUAUGAAUUAUUUACGGAUGUAAUAAAUAACAAUGAUGGACAAUCAUUUGGAAUGAGACGACGUCUAAUGGAUGACAAUAAUCAAUUUAAUGAUGAAAUUAGAUUAUCUCGUCGACAAUCUUCACAAUGUGAACCUUGUGGUGUACGUCGUCUUAAAUGUUGUUUUCCAGAUUUAUGUCAACGUCGACCAAAUAAAAUAAGCAAAUGUCUUCAAGCUAAAGGAUAA